CCUGCAACCGGAAGCCUUGUAUGUCAGCGUGGUUGGGUGACUUGACGCCGGUCUCCCAGCCAGAGUAACGGCAGCCGUCUCCUCCGAUCCCUCAAUUGUCUCGGUUUGUUGACGUUUGCUGGAGUACAGCAGCCGCUAGAAACGGGGGUCUGUCUGUUGUUUCAGGCGAGUCAAUGAAGCUAGCCAGCUAGCUAGCUUAAAUGGGUUUUCGAGUUAAAAGAUGAUCGCCUCACUUUCUAGAGGAAGUUUGCUGGAUGAGGUUCUUCAUGGGGGCUUUAAUGAGCAGCAGCUGGCAGCCUAUGUUUCCUGGGUGAACUCUCAGUUGAAGAGGAAACCAGGCCUGAAACCUAUCACUAACCUCAGGCAUGAUCUGCAGGAUGGGGUGGUGCUCACACAACUCAUAGAGAUAGUUGCUGGGGAAGUGCUGGAAAGAGUGUAUGUUGCUCCACAAAACAAAGAGGAAAGCAGGAACAAUGUGGAGCAAGUCUUGCAGUUCAUUUCCUCCAGACACAUACGCAUGCCACAUAUAUCUGCAAGAGACAUUGUUGAAGGUAAUCUGAAAUCUGUAAUGAGGAUAAUUCUGGCUCUGGCUGCCCACUUCAAACCCUCAGCCAAUCACAGGGCUGCUUCAGUAAGUGGGAGGAGUUUGUCAAGAAGCUCUGCCAGCCACAACCCUCUCUCCACUGUUGCACUAGCACAAGGUGCUGCUGCUGCACUGGCAUCAGCACGACAUGAUGCCUCGCAGCCUACAUGCACCACACGUAUCCGCAGUGGCUGGGGGUUAGAUGUGGAAAAGAAUGUGUGUGUUCGUGCACUGGUUGAGCAGUAUGAAAGAGGAGCACCGGAUGAGCCGGAAAAUCCCCAGCCAAGCAGCCUCAGCUCCAUUAGUCCACUGUCAUCUCCAAGAGCUCCAUCCAGCAGCCACUCAGACGGACAGCAGGAAGACCACCAACAACACGACAGCAGUGCUGAGCCAUCUCAUGUUGUAGUGGAGACUGCGUUGGAGGAUUCUUUCAGUGAAACUUUGGAGAAGGAGGUGCAGGACACACGUAAAAUGGUGUCUGCUUUACAGGCCCUGCUACUGCAUGGUUCGCUGCCUGAAGAUGAGCAAGAUGUGUCUUUGAGUUUGGACCAAGGCAACUCUGACCAGGAACUGGUAGUAGUCAUUCGCAGUCGUUUGGAUCAGAGCAUGGAGGAGUCUCAGGAGCUGAAGAGGGAACUGUUACGCUGUAAGCAGGAGAUGAGAAACCUGCAGGGAGUCAAGGACGCCCAGCAGCACAGGCUGUGCACUCAGGAGGCAUCAAUACUGCAGAUGAAGCAAGAGCUUCUCAGAGCCAGCAUGACGAAGGAGGAACUAAACAACCAGAAUGCCGAGCUACAGUGGAAGCUGGAGGAAAGUAACAGGCUGUGGGGCGAAUGCAAGAAGGAGAUAGGACAGAAGGACAGACUGCUGCAGCAACUUAAACACAAGCUUGAAGAAAGUCAAAAAAAGCAGAAUGAAUUGCAAAGAGAGUUGGAGCAUAAAAACAGCAUGCAGAUUCCCACCGUCACAGAAAACAAUGGAUAUUCUUACUCUGGAAAUCCAGCUACCUCUAUGUCACACCAGGCAGAGGAGGUUCAGCUGCUCAGAGAUUCACUUCGCAGUUUGAGGAACAACUUCAGAGACCAUGACCCGCAGCACCAUACACUGGACACCCUGGAGCAGGGCAUAGUAUCACUCAUCGACAGACUGCAUGUUCUGCAUACCCACAGGGGAAGGGGGAAAUCUCCAAGACGCAGAGGCCAACACACAGACUCUGACACCUGGCCAUGCACAAACGUUUGUCAAUCCCACAGUGGUUCUUCUGCCUCCACUAAAAUCCUUUAUUUUACUGGAAAAUCCCCAACACCUUCCAUGAUCAAUAUACAGAAGAGGUUGGGUGAGGUUACUCUAAAGGAUGUUAAGGCAGCUGUGGAUCGAGAGGGAAACUACAGGUACCACUUCAAGGCCCUGGAUCCUGAGUUUGGCACUGUGAAAGAAGAGGUAUUUCUGGAUGGAGCAAUCAUUCCAGGCUGGGAAGGAAAAAUAGUGGCCUGGGUAGAAGAGGACCGUGGUGAAGAUAGGCCAUUGUAGGUGCAAGCUGAGGGGCCUUGACACUUUGUUUUUGCUCCUGGUCUCUCUUAUCCGAGAGGCACAUCGAGACAACUGUACAACAGCGGCACAAGUGGACACUUGAGAUUUGAAUUAUUUGCGAAAUACCAUAAGACUUGUCAGCAAGAGAUUUUAGUUGAUCAACUGGUACUUAAAAUGCACUGAUAGCUCUACCCGAUCUGGAAAGCUGUAACUGAUGUCUAGAAUAUCGUAAAACUUAGUGCCUUACAAAGGAAAGCUAUUUCCAUCAUGUGCUUAUUAGAGCCAAGCUGUAACUGUAUUAUCAAAACUAGACAGAAACAUUAUUUUUGAUUCAACUGUUUUUAAAACCAGUUGUGUUGUUGCUUCUCCUCUAGUUGAAGCCAGAAGUUUGUACUGUAUUGAAGAAUUGAAAAAAGCCUUUUCAUUCCUUGUGCAGCAAUAAAGUCUUUGAAACAAA